UACUGUGACGAGGCAGGCAAAACGAUCCGCCACGUAGUGCUAUGUGUUCAAAGCUAAUAAGGCUGGACUCUUCGUGUGCCACUUGGCCCCUAAUUUAUUGUCUAUUCAUCCUUAAAUAAUUUGCCAAACUCUAGACUUACAUUUUAUUGGGUGUUAAAAAGACCUAUCUUCAUUGUAACAACAUAUUGUAAAUUGUGAAGUGAAAUUAGCUUAAGUUUUAGAAGUUAGGAGGAGCAUUCAACUAUGGGUGCCUAUAAUCAGUUUCUCUACUUUUGCAAUAUCUCGCGCAUCAAAUUACUCGCGCGCCCGCGCCAGCCCUUUUUUCUUAACACUAUACGGAGAUAUAGCAAGGAAAAUUAUGAUCAUCAUGCAGAAGAGAAAGCACCAACCACAGCUGAAGAAUUCACAAGAGUUGCUGAAGAAAUGGCUGAGGAAAAACAACAUCAAGGCUUUAGCAGCCAAACAGUGGACAAAGCACAAGAUGCCAUAAAAGAGGCUACAGCCACAACUGAUUCUACUUUUGAAUCUGUCAAGACUGGAAAAGAUAAUUUUCAUAAGAAUGGUGAUGAUGACUCUAAUGAUCUACUUAAAAGUAAUCCACAAAACCAAAUCAGUAGUUAAAUAUCAGAGUUUGUUUUUUUUUUAAAAAAAAAUUGAAAUUAGAGUUGUAAUUAACGUGGUGGUGCAAUUUUUUUAUUUUUUUUUGGGGGGGGGGGUCUAAAUAAUUAAUAG